AUGUCUACCACCGCUGAGCUCGCCUGCUCUUACGCAGCCCUCAUCCUCGCCGAUGACGGCGUUGAGGUCACUGCCGACAAGCUCCAGACUCUUCUGGAUGCCGCCAAGAUCCAGGAAGUCGAGCCCAUCUGGACCUCCAUCUUCGCCAAGGCCCUCGAGGGUAAGGACAUCAAGGAGCUCCUGACCAACGUCGGUGCCGGUGGCGCUGCUGCCCCGGCCGGUGCUGUCGCCGCCGCUGGUGGUGAGGCCGCCGCCGAGGAGAAGAAGGAGGAGAAGGAGGAGGAGAAGGAGGAGUCCGACGAGGACAUGGGCUUCGGUCUGUUCGACUAA